CCCACGUCACCACCGCUAUACCAACAAUACCGCGCCUUUUUCUCCCUCCCUCCUCGCGGCGGCGGCGGCGACGGCCGACGGCGGAGGCGGAGGCGGAGGAGGAGGAAGACGAGAGGAGCCGAGACGGGAGGCGUGUCCGUUUCUUCGUCCCGCCCUAGGGUUUCUACGAGGGGGAGGCAAUGGCUGCCGCGGCGGGGGUGGCUGCUGGAACGGGAAGAGGUAGCGGGGAGGGAGAGGAGCUGCUCCCCAACGCCGUGGAGGGAGACGGCGGCUGCGGCGGGGGCGGCACGUGCGCGGGGGACCGCCCGUGGCGGCUCAACUUCGACGGCCUCCGCCGCCCGGAGGCGCACCAGGAGAAGCCGCCGCGCCGCUUCCAUGACCGCCUCGGAGGGCUAGUUCAAAGCCCUGGAGAUGAUGUUGCAGAAUAUUACCAGCAACAGUCGGAAUUGUUGGAAGGUUUUAAUGAAAUGGAUACACUCACAGAUCGUGGUUUUCUUCCUGGAAUGUCCAAGGUCUACAUUCUUGCUCUAGAAGAAUGUGAAAAAGUUGCCAGAAGUGAGGCAUUAGCCAUCCGGUUAUCUAAUAUAGCAAACAUGGUUCUUUUUGCUGCAAAAGUUUAUGCCUCAAUAAGGAGUGGUUCUCUAGCUAUAAUUGCCUCCACUUUGGAUUCUCUACUUGACUUGUUAUCAGGUUUUAUCUUGUGGUUUACUGCCUUUUCAAAGAAAACAUCAAAUCCAUACAGGUACCCAAUUGGUAAAAGACGCAUGCAACCUUUGGGAAUACUUGUUUUUGCUUCUGUUAUGGCAACGCUUGGCCUUCAAAUUAUCCUAGAAUCUACACGCUCAUUGUUUUAUGAUGGGGAUACUUUCCGCUUGACAAAAGAGCAGGAGAAGUGGGUUGUGGAUAUCAUGCUUUCUGUUACAUCGGUGAAGCUCCUACUGGUUGUAUAUUGCCGUUCAUUCACCAAUGAAAUUGUAAAGGCUUAUGCACAUGAUCACUUUUUCGAUGUCAUCACCUAUGUCAUUGGGCUUGUGGCAGCACUUCUAGCUAAUUAUGUUUAAGGCUGUAUUGACCCAGUUGGGGCUAUUAUACUGGCGAUCUACACAAUCAGAACAUGGUCAAUGACGGUGCUAGAAAACGUCCACUCCUUGGUUGGCCAAUCGGCUUCACCAGAGUACCUUCAGAAGCUUACCUACCUGUGCUGGAACCAUCACAAGGCUGUCAGGCACAUCGACACAGUGCGAGCAUAUACAUUCGGCUCCCACUACUUUGUUGAGGUGGAUAUUGUUCUGCCAUGUGACAUGCCCUUGCAGGAAGCGCAUGAUAUCGGCGAGGCUCCGCAAGAGAAGCUGGAGAGCUUGCCCGAGAUUGAGCGGGCUUUUGUCCAUCUCGACUACGAGUUCACCCACCAGCCUGAGCAUGCUCGAUCCCAUGAUACAUUAUAGCAGUCCGAACUUCAGAGAACCCAAGUUGAAAUUAUUGAAGCCAUCUCAGUUUCACAAAUCUGGGAGUAGCCAACAUGCUUCGACACAUUGCUUAUUUCAGAUGCGUUGUUUUUUUUUUUUUUGGGUGUGGCUAGGAAUCAUAUCUGUGCCUGUGGGCGUGUAGGGGAUGACUGGAUGGGUGGCAUUGGCAAUGUUUGAAUCAAAUGAUUGAUGCGAUGAGGUGAGAUGAGCCAAAAUGCUUCGACACAUUGUUUUUUUUUUUUUUUUUUUUUUUUUUUUUUUUGUUUUGUGGCUGGGAAUCAUAUCUGUGCCUGUGGGCGUGUAGGGGAUGACUGGAUGGGUGGCAUUGGCAAUGUUUGAAUCAAAUGAUUGAUGAGAUGAGAUCUUCAGUGUA